UGCCUAUUGGUCACUUGGCUGCCUGUGAAGUAACCAAGCAGCCAACUGGCUGUUGAUUGGUAGCUGCGUUCAACGGCUUGCACCCCAUUGGCUGAAAACGUUACACUGUCUGUGGGCUGAGAAGUUGGUGAUUCUGUUGGUUCCUGGUGGUGAGUAGAGAGAUUGAAGGGGCCGGGCCCAUAGCGGAAAGAAAUGGCGAGUAUGGUUAACGAGAACGAGUGUGGAGGGGAAACACAGAGCCUUGAGCCGCAGGGACCGGGCCGGGGAGCGGCCAGAUGGGGUCCACAACACGCCGGUGCCCGAGAACUGGCUAAUUUGUACUCGCCAGGCAAAAGAUGUCAAGAAUGGAUCAGUGUCAUCCUCUGCUUCUCUCUCAUGGCCUUCAACCUCAUUUACCUCCUUGCCAAUUUCCAUCAGGGACAUACAUGGUCCAUCCUGCUGGGCAUUGUGGCAGGUAUCCUCACUGCAGACUUUGCAUCAGGAUUUGUUCACUGGGGGGCUGAUACGUGGGGAUCGGUAGAUCUACCCAUCUUUGGAAAGGCCUUUAUACGUCCAUUCAGAGAGCACCACAUCGACCCCACAGCCAUCACCCGUCACGACUUCAUUGAGACCAACGGUGACAACUGCAUGCUGACCAUAGUCCCUCUAGCAAACAUGGCCUAUAACUUUCUCACCCUCUCACCUGCGGAGAUUUACCAUAUCUACCCCCUGUACUGCUACCUGUAUGCACUGGCCAUCUUUGUGACUCUUACCAACCAGAUUCACAAGUGGUCUCACACAUACUUCGGGCUGCCUCGUUGGGUCGUGUUCCUGCAGGACUGCCACAUCAUCCUUCCCCGCAAGCACCACCGCAUCCAUCAUGUCUCUCCUCACGAGACCUACUUCUGCAUCACUACGGGUUGGCUGAACUAUCCUUUGGAGAAGCUGGGUUUCUGGAGAUACUUGGAGGAUCUCAUCCAGGGCGUGACGGGAGAGAAGCCGAGGUCGGACGAUCUGAAAUGGGCUCAGAAAGUCAAGUAACACAGCGGGCUAACUGCACCCUACCUCAGACAACACUGGGUCCGUCCAGGCUUCUCAUCCCUUUUUUCCCCACGCUUUGGAAUCCAUAGGGAGAAAAACUAUCUAACACUUUCUGAUGCCAUAGCUUUAACUAUUGCACAUUUGUUUUUCUGUUUUUCAAAAGGAGGGCUUUGUUGGUGGAAUUUUUCAUCACUCUCACACAGAUAAUAUUUAAAAAAAAAAUGCAAUAUAUCCUUGAUACUUUAUAUAUUUAACACAGCUCAUCACUUUUUAGGGGUUUUGCUAAGGAAGAGCGAUCAUAUACAUUUGAAAUCACUUUCUAAGGAAAUCAAAUAUUUUCUCCACAUAAAAAAAAAUCAAACUCAAGAAAAAAAAUACUUGAAAGGUUGAAAACUCUUUGCUUCUCCAGAGCCACAGCUGUUAAUUUGAAGUGAUGAUGAAUCACAUUAUAUUUAGCUCAGCUUUAUUUUCUGUGGAUCUGUCUCUGCAUCUCCACUUUAUCAAGGAUCUACUUGAUGUGCAACUGAUUUAGGCUUGAAUUCUAUUUCGGUCACGGCGCGUAGUCAGGCUUGGGUGAUGUAGGACUUUUGGAAGCUUUACCAAUGUUGAUAUCUAAAGAUCAAAUUGAUAAAUAUUACUUUUACAUUUAUUGUGUACUUGCACAUUUGGGUUCAGCUCAGCCCACUUUUGACACUGUCUUUAAGAGCGAGGUAAAGAUGCGUUCAAGGAUGAUUAAUAUAAACUGUUUCUAAAACACAGCCAUAUUUAAUUGUUUAAUCUGGGGUGUGUCAAACCCCCAAAAAUGACUCCAAAAAUACUGAGGAACAUAGACGGUGUAAAAGAUGGACGUAGCCACACUGAGGUCACCCAGAGGUCAGUAAACUGCACACUUAUUGGCUGAUGACUUGUCAAUCACAACUGGUCAGCUAAUGGAUAAUUAUCCUUUCUGAAACUUAGAAUGAGCAAAAUGUAUUUAAUAUUUUAUCUAAUAUGACCUGAAAUGAGUGGAUCAGAUCCAUAAAAGCAUUUCUUGGAGGCCAUUAAAAAGAACGUAUAUUUAAAGCACUUCCAUGUUGGCUUCAGUUUUCAGUCCUGGGAGCUGCGUCCAUCUUUUAUACUUUCCUAACAAAGAGGAGAUGUUACCACGAGAUGCUAAAGGAAAAGAACCCCCCCCCCCCAAAAAAAAAAAAAUCACAAGAAAAUGCUAACUGCUCCUGUCGGAUCAUAGUGGUAUUUUGAAUUUCAUUUGUGGAUCUUUGCAUGUGAUCCAACCAUUGAAAAAGUCAUUAUCAAACAAAACCAUUUGAUUUGAAAGGCUUGUAAAAAUUUACAUAACUGCAGUCAUCACUGAUGUUAGGUCGUUAUAAAAUCGGGGCAAAUAAAAUAAAUUCGGUUGUUUUUAUCUGCUGGGUUAGUCUGGCCCUAAAAUCAGACGAUCAUGUGCCCUCCAUGCAAACUAACCAGUUUGCAGGAAAGAGGCACAUGCAGUUUUUUUUGUCAAGCUGCCUUACACGCCGCAGAUGCAGUACUUCUGUUUGUUUUUGGUUCAGCUGCAGCACUUUUUGUUGUAAUGUUGCAUUGUUCUGUCAUUCUGGGGUUUGUAUCUCGCGUAGUGAGACGCAGACACUCCAAUGUUACGUGUCAGCUUUGUGUGAUACUGUUUUCACUCCGUGCUUCUCGCUAUUGCUUGUAUCGUGGAAGGAGACUGUCAGGUUCAGAGCGUAACAUUCCCGCUGACCAACGCUGCCACCGUGCACCUUCUCGGUAACUGUGACAAGCAGGCUCGGUGAUUGUUUCAAGGGCUUCACUGAAGGGUGACGAUCUUGGAAUUUCCUUUAAAACCUCUAGAUGAGAUUAAUUGGUUGAAAGUUUUAAUGUUUCAGUCAUUGAUUUGUAAAUGUAUUGUACAGCAAUUAACUAUGCAUUGUAAUAAGAGGCCCUUAAUUAUAUGUCUUAACUCAUCUGAUUAGGUUCAAAUGCCUUUCUUUUUCUAUAGUUUACACAUAUUUGCUAAGUCAGAAGAACUGGAGUUUAAAAAUUUAGCUACUUAAGGAAUUGCAUGACAAUUUUUCUUUUUUCUAAUUAAGAUGUCACACAGACGAAAGAAUGCAUGCAUGCAUAUAGCAUGUCGGCUUGUGCAAGCAAUACACUGGGUCACCAGCUUUCCUUUGAGUUUGUGUAAAAGCAGUCAUGAAUGGGGAGGAUUGCGCUCGCUCCAGAGGAAAUUAAUUGUACUGCUUUUAAGAGAUGACCCCAAACUUUGACCAAAUGGUCCCAGGUCUGAACCACCAAAGUGUUAUCUUCAUUCCAAGGAAAUCCUGGCAAAGUUUUUCAGGCGGAAAUGGGAGAAGCUAACCUUCUUAGGUUGACCAGGUUAAAGGCUUACUUGUUAAGCUUAAAGUAGACAGAUUAAUGAUCAUUACAGUUAAGUUUGCAGCCAAAGUUCUGCUUUAUGUUACGUGAUAUUCCACUUUUAGAAUCCUUCAUACUUGAUUAUAUAGGAUUAUUUACCAUAGGUCCGCAGCAGGAGUACACUGUAGACUGCAUCGUGCUUGUAGAGUAUUGUGAGAAGCAGUUUUGUGUGCGCUUGGUAGUGUCAUUUUGCUGGUAGAUGGAUGGUGUUACGUGUGACUGCAUUAAAGUUUAAGGCCUGCUUGAGUUCUACUCUUGUAGUUCUUCUUGGUCAGUAUUAGGCAAAAUGUUUGUGCACUGUUAGACUGCGGUGAGUGAACGCGUUGGAGCCUUUGCAGACAGCUUUCUAAGUGGGAAUCUUGGCGUUGGCUUUGCUGGAUGUUUCGGUGCUUAAGCAAGUUGCUUUUUGUGAUCUUAUAAAGGUAAUGGCAGUUUAAAGGAUGCUUUGUGCUUUUGUUAAUCAGCAGAAUAGAAAAAAAUAAGUAUAGAAGGUUUAAAUGAUAGAUAUGACACGCCAUAAUUCAUUUGGAAACUGACGACUUUAUUUUAAAUAUGUAUGAUGAGCUCAGAAGGAACCCAAACCAUAAUAAUCUUUGCUUGGAGAAAGACUGGACAUCAGUAGGUGUGUACGGCUUUCAUGGUGAAUAACCUGGUUGUGAGUGUAGCUCUAAGAUGCAUAAGCUUUCUUCUUACUCUCCAGAUGAUCUCAGGAUUGUGGUUAGAUUAAUUAAAGUAAUUGUGAAAAACAAACUCCUUUUUUUUGUGAAGUUAAGGCCAUUAUUUCAGAAAUAAAAGUCAUAUACAUUGGAUUUUUUUUUUGUUUUGUUUUUAAUCCAGAGUAGUCACAUUAUCGUAGAUGCUUUCUGGGAUCUAUGGUUACCAUAAAUCAGUACAGUUAACUUGGCCACUUGUUAUUGAGGUAGAAUUUGUGAUCGAGCUGUAUUUGGAUUUUCCGCUUAGAGACAGUGAACUUUCAGUGGAUUUGAACGGUGUUUUGCGACAGUAUGUGGUCAAUUAAGUAUUUUUUUCACACCUGAAAAAUUUAGUGAGAGCAAAUGAAGAUGUUAGUAAGUGAGAUGGGCAGUUAGAAUCUCUCCUCGGACUUUAUUGAAUCGCCUUAUCCUCUUGCCAACAAUGUGGGAAAAGAGUUUGACUGACUUUAAAUUGCUCUUCAUUUGACUCUUGCUUCUUCUGAGGUAAGGUCCAUGUGGAUGUUGUUGUUGUUGGUUAUGUACACCGGUGGUGGGGAUGGAGUUCUAGAUAUCAGAUUAAUGCCUUGAUGCCUUUUUGUUGUCUUCCAGUUGGAGGACUUACAGUGUAAAUAAUAUACUGUAUUUAUAAAUAAACUAAUAAACAUAU